AUGCUCGGCGCACAAGCUACGUUGCGUCACAACCUAUCAAUGCCUCAUCUUGUCUCAUCCCAAACAAAACGAUUCAAAAAGUGGUUGCUUCGUUUCAAGACGGGAAAGUUCGUUGGGCAUCGCCCCACCGGAAUUGAGGUCCUAUCGGCCAAUAGUCACUCGCAGCCCUUACAUGUGCCCGUAGCACUUCAGGUCGCUAGGGGAACCUUGGUGGAAACUCUCGCUGGCGCCAAGGAGGAUACAGUCGAUACGCCAAGUACGGCCCGUGCCGUGGUUUCUGGAGCCAGUUUAAGCGGGAAUACUCGGAGUUCAUGUAUAUCAAUUAACGAUCUCCCAAGAGAGUUGUUUAUUCGUAUUUUAUCAUAUGAGGGGGAGACUGAUGAAGGCCCCAAUCUUCCCCUAUUGGCUUCUUGGACAUGCUCGCGCUGGCGUGAGGUUGUCUUGAACACACCCACACUCUGGAGUACGGUGUGCUUGGGCGUUUAUGGCGCUGGCCUACCCGAAAUUCUACUUCGCAGUGGAGGAUGCAGCAUCGAUUUUAUCCUGGAUUCUACGUCUGCAGAGUCGAUUGCCUUUCCUCGAGACGUCUCUGGAUUACUCGCCAUUCUUGAGCCAUAUUAUUGCCGAAUUAGAUCACUUAACCUGGUUCUACCCGACCAGGAUUGUGUCGAAACGACCCUCGCACAGAUAUGUGGUGCCGUGCCGAAUCUCCAAUCACUUGAACUCAGCCUCCCAUAUGACCCAUGUUCUGGCAUGCAAAUCUUUGCACCUGCUCUAGCACCUGAUAUCGCCAACUCAUUCGGGGUAAUCGGCUGCGGUAGUGGAGAAAAGCUUCAAGUUCUCAAACUUCAAGCUGUCAACUUUCCCUGGUACGACAAUGCGUUUUCACACCUCACAACGUUGCGACUUGCGUCCAUGUGUACGGAAGAAACAAUGAUUGUUUGGGAACAGCUCACAGAAACUCUUAUGCGCAAUGGCCCCACGCUUGAGGAGCUUAGUCUCGACCAAUGUGACUUUUGCGUCGAGGACGAAAGCUUGUCCUUUCCCGUCGUCACACUCCCGCAACUCAAGUAUUUGCACCUCCGACUGGUUGAUCCCGGGUUGAUUGCUAUGCUCUUGUCACAUACGUCUAUGCCAGCUCUUGAAACCCUGGAGCUUGAAUUCGAUCCCGACGACCAAUGCGAAGUGUUCCGUGCGUUAUUCCCAUCCACAUCUACAUGCCCCGAACAAGAGCCGGCCAAGUCUUUGAGCCGAGUACGGAGCCUCGCGAUUCAGGGAGGAGCAUAUCAGGCCGAUCUCGUUUGCGAGAUUAUUGGUCGCAUGCCCGACCUUGAGCGACUCAUGCUUGGAGGGUGUAUCGUUACAGCAGCCAUCAUUCGAACACUUUCAUUGCCUCGCGUAGCACGGAAACUAACCGACAUGUGGCUCGAAUUAUGUGAGAACUAUUGUGCCUUUGAUUUACAGCGGUUGGCUCGGGCUCGAUGCGGAGGAGUACGGGUGCAUGAAAUCGGCUCAGCAGGCCAGGCGCCUCUUGUCAUGUGA